GUAAUCAUCAUCCAUCGUUGGGUCUUUGCGUUGUGAUUCCAACUUUCACUUUUGGAUCUGUCGAUUGUGUGUUUCUCAACCAACACAGUGAUGGACAAGAACAAGCGCACAUUAUCCUUUCAAGAUUUAGGUAAGCAGAUAGUUCUGAUAAUAUAUGGACUAUCAUCACUAUUUUUAGCAAAGGGAACUAUUUCUCCUUCCGAAAGUAGAUUCCUCUACUCGGUCAGCGGUACUACGAGUCCACAGGAUUGGAAAACUAUCGAGGAAGAUGAACAAUUACGUCGCAAGUCAUUGUUAUACAGUCUCAUGUCACAAUAUUUGUCAAGAGACGUCGCUUCCAUCGAGAGAUACAUCGUCGAUCACGUCGAACACACUUUAGCAAGAACAAGAUUCAACUUUGACAAGUUUGAUGCCUACCUAGCAACAGCACUAUCGGUGAGGGAUAGAUUGAUCGAAUCUUGGAACGACACACAACAAUAUUUUACCGAGGCUGGUGUCAAAAGGGCCUAUUAUUUGUCUAUGGAAUUUCUUAUGGGGAGACAGUUGCAAAAUGCUCUCAUCAAUUUGGGUAUUCAUGACCAAUAUCGCGAAGCUUUAAAAGAAUUGGGAUUCGACUUGAGUACGUUGGAAGAUGAAGAACCAGAACCUGGUUUAGGGAAUGGUGGAUUGGGUCGGUUGGCUGCUUGUUAUAUGGACUCAUUGGCAACUUUGAAUUAUCCAGUAUGGGGAUAUGGCAUAAGAUAUCAGUAUGGUAUGUUUGAACAAAAAAUAAAAGAUGGCAAUCAGAUAGAAAUACCAGAUUUUUGGUUGGCAAAGGGAAACCCUUGGGAAAUGCAGAGAUUGGAUGUUACUUAUCCCGUACAGUUUUAUGGCAACGUCAUCGUAACAAAUAAGGAUGGCAAGUUACAAGUUCAUUGGGAAGGUGGACAAAUGGUACGUGCCAUAGCUUAUGAUAUUCCAGUACCAGGCUUCGAUACCUACAACGUUUUAAACUUAAGAUUAUGGAGUUCAAGUCCACCUGAAGAAUUUGACUUGGAGGCUUUCAACCGCGGUGACUAUUUCAGUUCCAUCGGAGAGAAACAAAUGGCUGAAAAACUAACAUCGGUAUUGUAUCCAAAUGAUAGUACGGAAGCUGGAAAAGAACUCAGAUUGAAGCAACAAUAUUUCUUCGUUUCGGCAACUUUACAAGAUAUUAUGAGAAGAUUUAAAAAGCUUCAACUACCUAUACAACAACUGGUUAACAAAGCAGCUAUUCAGUUGAAUGAUACCCAUCCAACUAUUGCUAUUCCUGAACUUUUAAGAUUACUUAUUGACAAGGAAGGACUUGGAUGGGAAGAAGCUUGGGAUUUGACCGUUCAGACAUUCUCUUAUACAAAUCAUACUGUAUUACCGGAAGCUUUAGAAAAGUGGCCAGUACCUCUCAUGGAACGUUUAUUACCUCGUCAUAUGCAAAUCAUUUAUGAAAUCAAUAGAAGACAUUUGGAAUGCGUAUCUCAAAUGUUUCCUAAUGAUGAGCAAAUACUUGAAAAUGUUUCUCUGAUCGAAGAUGGUUUUCCAAAGAUGGUUCGAAUGGCAAGUUUAGCAGUUGUCGGAUCUCAUCGAGUGAAUGGAGUGGCUGCUUUACAUUCCGAAUUGGUAAAGAAACAACUCUUUCCUCAUUUUGCAGUGAUGACUCCCGAUAAGUUUCUUAACAUUACCAAUGGAGUAACUCCAAGGAGAUGGAUAUUGGAGGCCAAUCCAGCUUUGUCUUCGGUAUUCACGCGAUGGUUGGAAACGGAUGACUGGAUAACCGAUACAAGAUUGUUGAGUCAAUUGGAACAAUUUCAAGAAAGUGAUGAUUUCUUGAGACAAAUAGAAGAAGCAAAAAGGUUCAAUAAGCAACAGUUGGCUUUGAGAAUAUCCCAACUGUUUGGAUUCCAAGUUGAUUCCAAUGCAUUAUUCGACAUUCAAGUAAAGAGAAUUCACGAGUACAAAAGACAGUUGUUGAAUAUUUUGGGAGUCAUUCAUCGAUAUCUUUUUAUCAAACAGUCGGAUACAGAACAAAGAAAAUCCAUCGUUCCUCGAGUGGUUGUUUUUGCUGGAAAAGCGGCGGCUUCAUAUGCACAAGCAAAGAGAAUUAUCAGACUCAUCAAUGGUGUUUGUAGUGUGGUAAAUAAUGACCCCAGUAUCGGUGAUCUUUUAAAAGUUUUCUUUUUACCCAACUACAAUGUUUCAUUGGCUGAAGAGAUCAUACCGGCUAGUGAUAUCUCUCAACAUAUCUCGACUGCGGGUAUGGAAGCUUCUGGGACAAGUAACAUGAAAUUUGUGAUGAACGGUGGACUGAUAUUGGGAACCAUGGACGGUGCCAAUAUCGAGAUACUGGAAAAUAUUGGAAAGGAAAAUAUUUUCAUUUUCGGUUUGAAUUCUGACCAAGUUUUGGAUGCUCGAAAGAGGAAUGAAGAAUUUCAACUCGACCCGAGACUGGAAAAAGUGAAACAAGAGAUUGCAAAUGGCACAUUUUGUAAUCAAAAAGUUGCUGAACCAAUCCUUUCGUGUUUGAUACCCAAGAAUGACUUUUACAUGAUUGGUCGAGACUUCCCUUCUUACUUGGAAGCUCAAGAUGCAAUAGACCAAGCUUUCAAAAAUAGAAAAGGUUGGAUCAAGAAGACUGUAUGCGCUAUGGCUAGAGUUUAUUAUUUCUCGUCAGACCGAGCAGUGGAACAAUAUGCACAGAAAAUUUGGAACAUUGAACCUGCACCAUUCAUUCCUAGUACGAUUAGUUUUAAAGACUGAACGAUGAAAGUUGUUGCUUCAGUAAAAUAUUCUUAAAAACAUGCGUCAUGGGCUUAAGUGUUCAUGACUCUGA